ACUUUCACCCACUCCUUCCAUGAACUUUGAAACAGACUCUGAAUCGAUCCCGGCUAUACGCGCAACAAAGCGUAAACUUGACGAUGCGUUCCAGUCGCUCGAUGCUGCUGUGGGCCCCAAAGAACUUUCGACAGAAGCACAUCCUCGCACAAAACCGUUCAAUGCUCGUUCAAUAUACUCUACACUCGCGAAAUAUGGCAUAAAGCCCAGAAACGUCGACUCCUCCAAGUCAGUUCUUCAACUCUGCUACAUAUAUUAGCCUGUCAGUUUUCUGAAACAAUCGCCCCUUAUUCAACAUUUCUCUGUUUUGCAAAUCAGAAGCUCGGAGGAUACCAAAUUUG